CGGCGGAGUGUCCUCGUUUGUUUUUGUUGUGUGAGAGGAGAAGCAUCCAGCCUACAGAUUAAGCAUUUGGGGUAUUUAUAAAUAAUUUCCUCCGUUAAUUAUGUGAUGUUGCUUUAGAUCAGGUAGCUAUAACCGUAUUAUUUAAUUAGCGUGGUCCAUCGCUUCGUGCAGAGACUCCAUUAGAUCUAUGAGAGGGAAGCGAAUGAAAUGUCAAGCUAGCCAGCCAGCUAGCUUCCAGUACAUGCGAGUUGGCUCACAACACCUUGCCAGCUACAGCCUAACGUUACAUCAAUAGAUUACGGGACAAGUCACUUCUCUGGGCAACUGUUUACGUUAUUCAUUUUCUACAAAAUCGUGGGGAUAUUUUAUCUAAAUCCCAAUCAUGAGUGAAGAGGAGAGUUCCACCUCAACCGGUUACAACAAGGAUUCGAGCAUUUCGCUCCUAAUAACCAAGGACGGACAGACGUACUACGUUGACAAGAGCGGUGUUGUCGACAGCAGAAAUGUAGUCACGCCGCAAGAUUCGGACAAUAACAUGUUCUCGUACGACAUGGAUGAUGCCGACGAGGAGAGCGAUGUUUUGGACACCUCGGACCCCCGUGACAGCGCUGCGAGUCCCGAAGAACUCAACGAGGAAGACGGGUUCGGGGAGAACGAGAACGUGUCGAAGACGUGCACGUACGACGGUUGUACGGAGACCACGACCCAGGUAGCCAAGCAGCGGAAGCCGUGGAUGUGUAAGAAGCACCGCAACAAAAUGUACAAAGACAAGUACAAGAAGAAGAAGAGUGAUCAGGCCCAAGGUCACGUGUCCAGCGGGAAACAAGAUGAGAACUUGGAGGAGAGGCCUGUGUCUGUGAACAAGCAGCGUCUCGGCACCAUGGGGGACCGGCCGGCCAGACCCUCCCUCAUCGAACAGGUGCUCAACCAGAAGAGACUGUCUCUGCUGAGGAGUCCUGAGGUCAUCAGGUUUCUACAGCAGCAGCAGCGUCUCCUGACCACCCAAAGUCACAGCCAAUCGCAGCCUGACUUCCAGGGCUGCUAACGGGACAACAGGGGAGGGGCCAGCCACUCUGUGUGUCCCACCGCCAGACAUGGGUUCUAGAAUGUAGAAUGUUCUGGAAUUAUGCUAACUCAUUCUGGAACUAUUCCAUCUGUCACGGUGACAGGAGAAGGACACAGUUGUUAGUACCUACCUAACUCAUGGGGGUUAACUAACCCCUAACCUUAACACAACCCUGACAUUACCCUAACUAUCUUAUGACCCGUUCACUUGAUAUGUGCAAACUGUCAAGUGCACCGCUCGGACUGGUGCAGGACUAGGCCAAUUAAGUGGGUUGACCCCAAACCUCGACGCAGCCGUUCUUACGUGGUUUUCCCUUCCUGCUUUCUUAUGCAAUGAAUCAUGUGGGCCUAUACCCCAAAAUCAUAAAGAAACUGAAAUCCUUAUGUACUGUACUGCCCAUCCGGUGAGGUGAUCCAGCAUGGCCAUCUAGUGACGCCCAGCGAAAGAUAUUCAGGCUUGUUUACCGGAGUAGUAAAGACUGAAGUCGUGGCUUACAGAGUAAUGGAGACUGUACUCUUGUCGACAACAACUGUGCUUCCAAUCCAUCAAUCAAUCCAUUAAUCAAUCAAUCUGUUAAAUAGUUGGUAAAGCAAACCGCAUGCUUUAAAUUUCACCAUGUCAGCUAAAAAAAGGGAACUCAUUGUUUUAAUGUUUUAUUUUGUAUUGUCUGCUGUGUUAAACUGAUGUUUUGGACUAAUUUAGAUUUGAUUUUGAAAACAAGACUGUAGUAAACGGAUAGUAGAUGUGAUGAAGAAUAUCAGUUUAUACCAAAACUUCUGUUUUAAUAAUUAGGUAGCAUUGUGUGGCUGUUGUUAGAUGACAGAUGUAUCGAGUCUGAAUUCACUGUAUCAGAUUGCUAUCAGUUUUUCUGUGAUUACGUGUGACGAUGACAAUCAUGUUUCAGUCGGGGGGGGG